AUGAAAAGUAUUUUGAUUACGGGUGCUAAUCGUGGUAUUGGUUUAGGUAUUGUCAAACAACUUGUUUCAAAUCCAUCAUCUAUUGAAUACAUUUUUGCUGGUUACCGUGAUGUUAAUAAAUCUAAAGAAUUGUUAGAUUUAGCAAAACAACAUUCAAAUGUUAUCAUUCCAAUUCAAAUUGAUGUUAGUGAUGAUGAAAGUUGUAAUAAAGCAAAAAUUGAAGUUGAAAAUAAAUUAGGUAAUAGUCGAGGUCUCAAUUGUUUAUUAAAUAAUGCUGGCGUAAAUAAAGAACUAAAAUUUAAUGAUAUCAAUGAAAAAGAUAUGCUUGAUACAUACAAACACAAUGUUAUUGGACCAUGGCGAGUAACAAAGACAUUUUUACCGCUUGUGGAAAAAGCAGUUAGUGGAGAACGAAAUGUUCUUCAAGCAAGUAUUAUCAAUGUAUCAAGUGGUAUGGGUUCAGUUACAUUAGCUCCUACGAUGCCUUUUUUUUAUUUUGAUUAUCAAUGUUCGAAGGCAGCACUAGAUAUGUUUACUGUCUGUUUUGCAGAAACUUUAGCUAAAUCAAAUAUUUAUAUUACUUUACUUCAUCCUGGAUGGGUUCAAACUGAAAUGGGUGGUGCACAAGCUCCAUUAACAAUCGAAGAAGCAUGUAAAAGUAUUGUUGAAUGUAUAAAUUCAAUGAAGAAUGAACAUUAUGGAAAAUUAGUUGAUGCUACGUCAGGAAGUUCAUGUGCUAUAACUCCGUUUUAA